AUCGUUCAAUCAUCUUUGCACUUACUUCUCUUUACAAGGAAUACUUUCUGCUUUAACUUCCUUAUAACAUGGCUUCCAAAACUAGAGCCUUCGUUACCCUUUUCCUCUCGUUGAAUCUUCUUUUCUUUGCCAUAGUCAGUGGAACUGAUUGUGGCUCGUGUCGAUAUCCUCCCAGGCCCGGUAAUGGUGGUGGUUCUGGAAAUGGAGGCGGUUCGGGCAAUGGUGGCGGUUCAGGAAAUGGUGGUGGUGGUGCUGGAAAUGGCGGUGGUUCGGGCAAUGGCGGCGGCUCUGGUAAUGGUGGCGGUUCGGGCAAUGGUGGCGGUUCAGGCAAUGGUGGCGGUUCGGGCAACGGUGGUGGAACAGGAAAUGGCGGUGGUGGAGGCAAUGGACAAGGAAGGUGCCCAAGAGAUGCUCUGAAACUUGGGGUAUGUGCAAAUGUACUUAAUUUGGUGAAUGUAGUGGUUGGGUCCCCUCCAACUUUGCCCUGCUGCAGUUUACUCCAGGGGCUGGCGAGCCUAGAGGUGGCGGCUUGCUUGUGCACUGCCAUAAGAGCAAAUGUUUUGGGGAUAAAUCUGAAUGUGCCGGUCACUCUUAGCCUUAUUCUCAACAACUGCGGAAUGAAUAAUACUGGUUUCACUUGCUAAGCCGAUGUACCCGAUUAAUUAAUCCUCAUUCUGCUUUUUCUUAUUAUAAUGUCUGUCUUUUGUGUUUGCAUGGGUUUGCUUUAAUUAUGAUCACUUGUUUGUCGUAUUGUGCUCAUCAUGUUGAUGUAAAUAAGCGAACUAGCAAAAUGAAACAGCAAGUUCGUGUA